CUCAUACCAAUCUCCUGCGUCUGUGUGAAGUCCAUGCAUUCGCAUUCAUCACUUUGCCGUAUGCAGCACUUACACUCAUGAAUACCUGUCGUUUUCUUUCCGUCGUUGUGCUUUUGGGGACCUUCUUUCUCUUUCGAAAGGUUCAAGGUGGCGUGCCCGCACCGCCCAACUACUUCGAUGAUCAGCUUGUCGAUCACGUCGCUUCCAGCCACCGCCACGGUCAUGAGCGCUGGUCCCAACGCUUUUAUCUCUCGCACGAAUAUUUUAAAGGUCCCGGCUCUCCUAUUUUCGUCAUUAUGGGCGGCGAGGGAGCCAUCGAACCGUCUACAGGUUUCAUGUAUCCCUUCAUUCUGCAAUUGGCCCAAACUUUUGGAGCCAUGGUCCUGCAACCGGAACACCGCUUUUACGGACAGUCACAGCCCGUAACACCGGCCGAGAUUGAGAGGGCGCGUGACGACGGAAAGCCGGAUCCCCGACUCAAGCUACUCACGGUGGAACAAGCCUUGCACGAUGCAGUGCGGUUGAUACAUUUCGUCCGGGAUCGUGUACGGUGCAGUCGGGAUCGCUUCUCACCCCGUUAUUGUCCCGUUAUUACCGUCGGUGGAUCGUAUCCCGGAUUCUUAUCCGCCAUGGCGCGUCUGCGCUUUCCAGGAGUUGUGGAUAUGGCGUACGCCGCGAGUGCACCAAUGAAGUUCUACGCUCAGCAGGUGGAUCAGUACGCCUACUACAAUCACAUUGGUACUGUCGCGGAGCAAGCAUUCACCGGAUGUUCCCAGGACGUGCGGCGCGCGUUGGACGAUUUUCGGACGGUCUACGAAUCGGGCCAAUCCAAAAUCAACGAGACAGCGAUUGGCAUCUGCUCCGGCACGGUCCCAGCAUAUAUUAAGGAUCCCGCAACCUUCGUACAAGAGGUGCUCAUGAUGGUCGGUUACACCUUUGCCAAUCAUAACAUGGCGUUUUAUCCACCUUCGAACCAAACGCACUUAGGGCGGGCCUGUCAAACGUUUGCAUCGCCUUCCUUAUCGACACUCGAUCAACUCAAAACGUUCCUCGUCGCAUCGCUGGCACCUCGUUCCACCGAGAAUCAACCGGACGAAGAAACGUGCUUUGACAUGCGAAAGCAAUUGCCAUCGGGACGCAACGCCACCAUCAGUGCUGGCGAUUGGAGCGGUGUAGGCACGGGAGCAUCGGGCGAAAGUUGGGACUUUCAGACCUGCACGUCACUCGUGGAAUCGAUCGGCUUUGCGGGUGGUGACGGUAACCAAGAUGCGUAUGGUAUCAGCAUGUUUCCCCGUCGCGACUGGAACAUUUCCUGGUUGACCUCUCACUGUCAACAGCGCUUUGGCGACGCGGUGACGCCGAUGCCAAACACCCUGGUAAACGCCUGGAACUUUGACGACCUUGUCGCGGCCGGGGCGACCCGGAUUGUUUUUACGAACGGUGCCUUGGACGGUUGGUCCGUCUCGGGAAUCUCCCAUGACUUGUCGGACACGCUGUUAGCGUUGACCUUCCCGAAUGGCGCGCACCACAGUGACCUGGCCGGUCACUUUCCGUCCGUGGAGACCGACACGGUCGAUAUAUGUGGAGGGACAGGCAAAAGUGCAAACAAUUCUGGCCACCUGGCUGGCCGGCUUGCCGAGUGCGCGCACCGACCAUAACUCACCAGCAGCUAAUAUUUCUACAAAAUUACAGUAAUUGCCCCUUCCAUAGCAUUGUGAGGAUUGCAUAAAAACCAGUGGACUCAAGUGAUGCAGUUGUCUUUGUAUUAUUGGCUGAAAGUUAGGUGGUUGCGGUUGUCCGGCGCCAUCGGAAGUUGCCACGAUCGGGUGCUGCAGUGGCGGCAGUUACGACGGACGUUUCUUUGCGUGAUUGUCGCCCAUUCGAUGAUGGUUGGUACGCACGCAAUCUUUCGUGCGAGGACACGAAUAUUUUAACAAUGGGAGAACGGCACAUGUGACAGGUUCGUAAUUUUCGUGCGCAAAACUCACAGGCGUUAUCGUGCCCGCAGGGUAGCAAAGUGCAGGACCGUCGGCUGUCCCGGGAGUCCGAUCGCUCCGAUAUAAAUUCGCAGCAAAUAUCGCAAGCCAGCGCAGGCCUUUCGACGUCGACGUGCUCGGGGAAGUCCGUGUUUCUUCGGUUGACGUUGUCGGUUUCUUUCAAGGUAAGAAUUGAAUCUUCCGACCACUCACUAUCGUCCGAGAGUUCCAGUAAAUCGGGUAGAGAUGGUCGUCGACCGCUACGGGACGGUGUCUUGGUACAAGCGGUAUCGCUGUAGCGUGG